GAUGAAGUCAAGUCAGCUUUAUUCCAAAUGCCUUCUGAUAAGGCUCCAAGAGAGGAAGGGAUGAGCUCAGUGUUCUAUAAGCAUUUCUGGGAGCUGAUUAAGCAUGAUUUUUUGGCAGCCAUCCUGAGCUUCUUUCAAACAGGUAUGAUACUUAAAUACUGGAACCAUACCAUUCUUUCCCUGAUUCCUAAGUGCCUAAAUCCAGAGAGUGUUAGUCAAUUCAGACUGAUAAGUCUUUGCACUGUGAUUUAUAAAGUCAUCUCCAAGGUUUUGCCUCUGAGACUGAAAGUUUGUUUACCGCAUUGCAUUAGCAACCAUCAAUCUGCUUUUAUAGAGGGAAGGCAACUCAUGGACAAUGUAAUAAUAGCACAGGAAUCAUUUCAUUUCUUGAAUAGGCACUCUUCAGGUCCAAACUCAUUCAUGGCUCUCAAGCUUGAUCUAAUCAAAUCAUUUGAUAGAGUUGAAUGGCUUAGUGUGCAGAAAAUUAUGCUUCAAAUGGGCUUCCACAGAGAUUUUGUAAAGCUGAUCUUAAUAUGCAUCUCCACUGCUUCCUUUUCUUUAAAAAUCAAUGGCAGUGUAAGUGGUUAUGUUAAGCCUGGCAGAGGUAUUAGGCAAGGGGACCCUCUGUCCCCUUAUCUGUUCUUAAUAGUGGCAGAAGCUCUCACAGCACUGAUUUUUCAAGCAGUGGACACAGGACAACUCAAAGGCCUCAAACUUUCCAGAAAUGGUCCUCUACUCACUCAUCUGCUGUUUGCAGAUGACUCAAUCUUUUUCUGCAGAGCAAGUGUUGAUCAAGCAGCAAUACUAAUGACAAUCCUAGAGAAAUACAGAUUAUUCACAGGACAAGCUGUCAACUUGAACAAAUCAGCCAUUUUCUUCAGUAGAAACACUCCACAACCUCUUCAAGCUAUAAUUUGCUCAACUCUCAAUGGUAUUACUUCUCAUAGAUCAACAAGAUACAUUGGCUUACCACUUGGCAUUGGGAAAUCUAAAAAGGAGGUGUUUGAGUAUUUGCUGAAUUCAGUUAGGAAUAAACUUCAAAAUUGGACAUCUAAACUCUUGAGUACAGCUGGGAAGGAA